GUUUUUGAAACAGGGACAGAGGGACCUUUGCCCUGCUUUCAGUCAGGAAAAACAAGAGGAGUAUAAAUAGGAGGAGCCGUGUGGGAGCGGGUUGUUUUUGUCUAGAUCCAGCUCAGAAAGUAUCUCUGCUGAAGACUCUCAAGUAAAACAAGUUAGUGGGUCUGUUGUUUGGAGUCAUGUGGAAGGCACUCAGCCUUACCCUGGCUCUCUGCCUGCUGGUGGGCUGCAGUGCAGAGAGCGAAACAGAAGGAGCCCGCUGCAAACUUCCUCCCGUGUGGAGGAUCGGAGAGGAGGAGCCCAUGAAGAACGCUCUUGGACGUGUGACAGUGGUGGCUUACCUCCAGGCCAGCUGACUGUUCUGCUUGGAGCAAGCAUCGAAGCUCAAUGACUUGCUCCUGAAGUUAGAGAACCAAGGUUAUGUAAAUAUAAACUACAUGGUGGUAAACAACCGAGACGAAAGGUCCCAGCAGCUGCACCACUUGCUCAAAGAAAGACUGAUGAAUAUCACCCUCUACACCCAAGACCUCAGUCAGCCGGAUGUCUGGCAGGCAGUAAAUGCUGAGAAGGAUGACAUCUUGGUCUAUGACAGGUGUGGCCGACUCACUUACCAUCUGUCUCUUCCCUACACCAUCUUGAGCCACCCACAUGUGGAGGAGGCCAUAAGACUUACUUAUUGUGAUGGUAUUUGUGGAGAAUGCAGCAUUGAGAGUUCACUGCAACUUGAAAAGUGCAAGAAAUCCACAGAUGAGAAUACACCAACAGAGGGAGAACAGCAUCACCAUCACGAACAUCACGGUAAUCAUGGACAUGGUCAUGAAGGGCAUCACCCCGACGGUGUGGAGAGGCACAGGCAUCAUCAUCACCAUCAUCACCACCAUGGCCAACAACAAGUUGAUGUAGGUCAGCAGAUCCUGACCCAGGUUGACUUUGGCCAGGCAGCCGUUGAGCCACCAAUCAUGAAACGGCCUUGAGCUAAGCACACUAGGUGAAAAGUUCAGUACAGCUGACAGCAGGGGGCAGACGCUCCAGCUACCAGCUGAUGCUGACACUGACGACAGCUCUUUGGUGACAGCAACGGGCGUGUGGCAGGCCUUUGACACUGUGAGGGGGCUCUUCCAGCCUCCUGACACUGACAGGGCCUGAAGGAGGACAACCACGUCAGGGAGACCUGACAGUGACGUCCCGUCCCACAAGCUGAAUGAGAGCUGUCGCAAAAAGCCUGAGCCUGACCAGCUGGGGAUGCGAGUUGAGUAUGACAGGAGAAGUAAGCAGGGCCGUUGGCUUUGUAACAAUCUUGUCUGAUCAUUUAUAGCUUCACGUAAACAUCAGUGAACCCCACAUUGCUGGUCAACGCUCUCAGUUAAUCUUACCAACUAGUAUUUGCACCUCAGUGUGUGGCAGCACUGGACCUUGGCAUCCCAUUCAGAACAAUUAGCAAAUUGGUUAUUGUUAGAAGGAAGAUAAAUAAUUCAGGAACAUCUAAAUGACAAAAUGUGCACUAGAUUUGGAUAUUUUUUUUGGUUACAUCAAACAAACUUUAAUGGGUCCAGUGUCUGUUUGCUUCUGAGAGUGUGUUAGGUUCAUCAUGUUACUGUCUUUUCACCUCUAGGUGCUUUAUGUGGCCUUUAUGAAGGCAGGUGCGGAAACUAUGAACUAGUGGUGCCUGUUUGAUGUUAGGCCACACAGAGCAGAGGGCAAAGGUCAUGUAACAUCCUGUAACCCUUGCUAUACCCAAUUAAAGCUAUCCUAUAUGAAAAUCUGGGGUAUUAAAAUCUUUUUUCUUUCUUUUUUCCUGGUAUUCUGUGAGAUGUUUUAGUUUUGCCAUGUGGAGAUGGAGGUGGUAAAGUAGGCGGAAUGAUUCUGAUCUUAAAAGUUUCUUCUUAAGGACCAAACACUGUUGAAUUAUCUAGAAUCUAUAUCUGUAUUUUUCUAGUUAGUAGAAAAGAUGUUGUAAGGGGAUUGUAAAAUGCAUUUCAUAUUUGGCAUUACAAAAAUGUUAAUGGAUCAUAGGGAAAUGCACAAAAAUUGUAAUUUGUUACUACACAUUUAUUAGAGUGGAAUUUGUAUCCAAGGGAGUAACUGGAAAAAGGUUAAGUCAUUGUUAUCUUGAGAAAGAUUGUUUGAAACAUUU